AUGGACGAUACUUUGCUUCCAGGAACACGUAAAAAGUCUUCCGGGAAAUAUGAGGUUGACAGAGGGCGCCAUAGUGAAAGCUACAUUACCGCUGUUCGUGGUAAUCGUCCUGCUGAAGCAAAAGCGAUUCCUUUAGAUGUAUUAGACAAGGAUGGUGAUCAUGCGCUAGCUUCACCGCUUCUGCAAACUGAACCUUUAGUACAAAAGAAAGAAGAGAAAGUUUGCGGAUACUCUCUUGCUGAAUUGGAACGAUAUAGAAACGAUCCUAUUUGGAAAACUUUGAGAUGGCUUCUCUUCUUAUUAUUUUGGCUGCUAUGGAUCCUAAUGUUUCUUGCUGCAAUCCUUAUUGUCAUUUUUAGUCCAGGCUGUGUUCCGAGAGCUGUACCACACUGGUGGCAUAAUGCUAUUGUAUGGGUACCUUCAUUCCAAGAUUCAGAUGGAAGUGGCAUUGGAGACUUCGUUGGCCUCUCAGAUCGUCUGGAAAAUUUACGACGUCUCGGUAUUCAAGCAUUGUGGCUGAAUCCAUUUCUUCUCUCUGAUAAUUUCAGUGAUGCUGUUCUUGAUCAUUUGACAGUAGAUUCAAGACUGGGUGUUAAUAGCGAUGCUCAUAACUUAAUCGAUGCUAUUCAUGAUAAGGGAAUGAAAGCUGUGAUAAGCUUACCAGUUGGCGUUACAUCUAUCAAACAUAGUUGGUUUAAUCGAAGUUCACAGGCAUCUUUGAAAGAGAACUCAAACUUUUCGGAUUACUAUCACUGGAGACAGCCAGUUGAAGAUAGCCCUUUUAUAUCAAAAUAUAAUAACUUCUCUUAUAUUCAUUACGAAAAUCGACCUGACUGGCCCGUUUUAAAUUGGCAAAGUGACUUUGUUCGUCAAAACAUGUUUGAUGUGAUAUCAUACUGGAUUGAUAAGGGCAUUGAUGGCUUCUAUCUGAGUGGUAUCGAAUAUCUUGCCCGUUUGCAGCUAGGACAUGUGGCAGACUGGCCACAUAUUUUGGAUAUUCUUCGAGAUAUCAGAAAUCAUGUUAACUCAUAUGCAAAAGAAAGUUCGAUGGGUGAAACGAAACAAAUUGUUUUAUUUGGUAUGAGGGACAACGCAAAAGAAACUCAGAAAAAAGAUCUAGUAUUGAGUGGGCUGGAUACGGUAAUUAAUUACGAGUUAGGAGGUAUUGGAAAAGACAAUAGAAUUUGUCACCAUUCUGAAGGCAAUGUUGGUGGAUGCGUUUAUGAAAUACUUUCUGAACUGGUACAGUUUCACGAAGCAGAAAAUAUACCUGCAAUGUGGGAGUUUGGCAGCACACGAUUGUCCAGAGUAUCAUCUCGUGUAAAGUCGUCGAAACAAGCUGAACUAUUAACUAUGGUUCAGUUACUUCUACCGGGUACUAAUAGUAUCUAUUAUGGCGAAGAAAUUGGAAUGUCAGACCUGCCGACAAAUUCUUCAUUUGUACCAGUACAAAAAGGGGCGAUGCAGUGGGAUGAUUCUGUAAAUGCUGGGUUUUCAAGUGCAGCUUCACCUCUUAUUCCAGUCCAUCCAGAUUUUGUGAAUAAUAACUGGGCUAAUCAAUACAGUUCCUUGCGAUCACAUUUGAAAACAUUUAAAAAAAUGGCACAGUUACGAAAAGUCGAUGAGACACUUGCUCUUGGAUCUAUCAUUAUAGGAGAGCUUAUAAAUAGUGCUUUCACGAUCGUUCGACACUCUGUUGGAAGAAACAACUCCGAGAAAAAUAUAUAUUUGGGAGCGUUCAAUUUUGGUUCAGUUAGUGUUUCGAUUCCGAUUCUAGAUACAGUGCUUACUCUUGAACCAAAAUUAGAUCAUGCUAGAGUAAUGGCAUGUAGUACCAAUGCGAUGCAAUAUUACUAUCGUCAACUGAUUGAUCUCACUGAUGAUCCCCUGAUUCUGCAGCCAGAACAAGGCGUUGUGUUUAAAUUUUCAAACUAA